UAUUACUCAUUAAUGACACUUCCGCAUCGCCACUUUUAAUACACUGACGCUGUCUAUGAAGCCUGUGUGUUUCAGGAACUGUUGUAUUUGAGAUAAGAGGUUUGUUUUCGGAUUUUCAAGCAUUACCGCAGCAAACCUGACGGCAAUAGUGAAGCGAGAUGCAGGCUAUAAGGAAUUUCUUCCGGGCGGCGUGGUCCUCCGAUCAAAGAUUGGAUGACAAAACUGUUGUCAUCACUGGGGCCAACACCGGUAUUGGAAAAGAAACAGCCAUAGAUCUGGCAAAGAGAGGGGCAAAGAUCAUCAUGGCAUGCAGGGACAUGGAGAAAGCACAGGAAGCUGUGAAAGAAGUCAUCCAAAACUCAGGCAACGAGAAUGUUGUUUGCAUGAAACUUGACUUGGCAGAUAGCAAGUCAAUAAGGGAAUUUGCAGAAGCCAUCAAUAAAGACGAGCCAAAACUCAACAUCCUCAUCAACAACGCUGGUGUGAUGGUGUGUCCGUACGGGAAAACGGCAGAUGGUUUUGAGAUGCAGAUCGGCGUCAAUCACAUGGGUCACUUCCUGUUGACACAUUUGUUAAUUGACCUGAUUAAAAGAUCGGCGCCAGCCAGGAUUGUAACUGUGUCGUCUAUGGCUCACGCCUGGGGCUCCAUAAAUCUGGAGGACAUUAACAGCGAGAAGAGUUACGACAAGAAGGGAGCCUACUCGCAGAGCAAGCUAGCCAAUGUUCUCUUCACCCGCUCAUUGGCUAAACGACUAGAAGGCACAGGAGUGACGACGUACUCUCUCCAUCCCGGAGUUGUCCAGACAGAUUUAUGGCGUCAUCUGAGUGGCCCACAACAGUUUGUCAUGAAGAUGGUCAGUCCGUUCACCAAAACCUCCGUUCAGGGAGCCCAGACAACAAUUUACUGCGCUGUGGAACCCACACUGGAGAAGGAGAGCGGUGGAUACUACAGCGACUGUGCACCCGCCGACUGCUCAGCGGCGGGCAAAAACGAUGACCUGGCGCAGAAGUUGUGGGAGCUGAGCUGUCAGAUGCUCUCGGUUACGUGGGAAUGAAGCAAUCAGGAUUGGAAAUAAUAUCUUUCAAUUUACUGUCUGCUGUGUUCAUUUACUAUCUGCUACCAUAUAUAUAUAUACUGUUUCAUGACAAUUUAUUACACUAACACUGCCUGCCAAGAAAUAAUGUACAAAACAUUAUCUUAAUAUAUAACUUUGCAUACAGUUCUAUAUUUUUCCUGCAGUUUUUGUAUGUAUUUGUUUUGAUUACUAACACAGUAUUUGCACAAUAUGGCAAUAUUUGUAUUAGAAUAUAUUUGUAUUGUUUUGUUGUGGAUAUUUGUAUUAAAAUCAUGGAAUACUUAAAAAAAGAAAUAGAUGUUGUUUAUCUGUAUUUUCUUACAUUAAAGCCAAUCUUACACUCCA